CGGCCUUCCAGAUGGAGCAUCGCCCUUCCCCGCUUGUGAAGGAGAAAGCGACUGAUGAGUCGCCCUGGGCGGGCCCACGGAGCACCCGGGCUGCCUGGCUUCAUUCACUUUAAGGACACACCAUCUCAUCAGCUGCUGCCGCAGUCCCUGGUUACACCAGAGGAGGAGCAUUUCACCAACCACAGAACCAUCAGACUUUCCGCUUGCUCCUCUCUGCCUGGAAUCUGUUUGCACAUGGCCUGGCACAAGGCAGCCGGCAGCAGCUGCGACGGAUCCAGCUCAGUCAGUCCUGGAGCUGGGCAGCGUAUAAGGAGGACAGGCUGGGGAUGAAAGCAGAAGAGCUUUGCUGGGUGUUAAUUGCAGACUCUUUGGUCAUCUAACCGGUUCAGCAGAGUUGCCUUGGACACAUCGCAUACCAAGAGGCUGCUGGAGAGCUCUCUCACCAGCACUAAUACGGAGGAUAUUGGGGGUGGAGAUGACCACUUUCCUUCCAUCGGAAGCAGACUUCACCCCAGUUCUAGCUCCUUUCCCUUUCUUCUCCUUCAGUUCCAGAUCCUACGGAGAAAUUUCCAAGCAAGCCAGGUAUCUUCACCAGGCCAGAGCUGGAAACUUUAUCCUGGUGAGUCACUGGGAGUGACUGUUGGAAAAGAUACAGGAGGAGAAAUCACUCUGUGGGCACCAAACUCUGCCAAGAGGGAGUCAGCUGAGGAUCAAGAGCCUGUUGCUGCAGUGGGAAUGGAAUAGAUCGAAGGUGAACCUCGUUUUGGAUGCCUCCAGCCUCACAGCUGCUUGGAAAAGGGACUCGAUCCCAUUUGCGCGAGGCUGCCAUCCCUGAUGUGCCUGCCCUCUCAGAGGAGAAAUGAAGCAGGAAUGAACUCUGCUGAUGGAGCGUGGCCGCUCUCUCCUUGGAAGCCGGAUCCAGGGCAGCAUGGCAGGCAGAGGCUGUCUCCUCCAUCUCUGCAUGCUCUUCCCCUCGUGGCCACUGUGUUUGUCUGGCUGGCCACUGGCACCACCAUGUCCAGCCUCAACAAGUGGAUCUUUGCCGUCCACAAUUUCCGGUACCCUGUGCUGCUGUCGUCCUUGCACAUGCUGACAGCUGUGGUGGUGGGCAGACCCUUGGCCAAGCUCCGGGCUGGGGGGACUGGCAACCCCACCCUCGGCCCUGAGGCCAAGGUCCGGGUUUUCCUGCUGAGCUUAACUUUCUGUGCCAGCGUGGCUUUUGGGAACUUGGGUCUCAACUACGUCCAGUUGGACUUUGCUCAGAUGGUAUAUACCACCACGCCACUCUUCACGCUGACCCUCUCCAAGGUGCUGCUGGGGAAACACCACCACCCACUACAGUAUGCAGCCAUGGGGCCCAUUUGCUUGGGUGCCUCCUUGAGCAUCAUCGGAGAGGUGCAGUUCGAUCAGGCUGGAUGCUGCUUCCUCUUUGCUGCUACUUUCCUCCGUGGGCUGAAAUCCAUACAGCAGAGUACUUUGCUGCAGGAGGAGCGGAUGGAUUCUCCGACUCUGCUGUGCCUGACCUCUUUGCCCAGCUUCUAUAUCCUCUUCACAGCAGCCCUCUUACUGGAAGUUGGUCCCUCCUGGGAUGGCACGCUGGCAUCCAGCAGCAGCCUCUGGCUCUGCAUCCUGCUCAGCUGCCUCGGCUCAGUGCUCUACAACCUGGCCAGCUUCUGUGUCAUCUCUCUGACUUCGGCUCUCACCAUCCACAUCCUUGGGAACUUCAACAUUGUGGGGAACUUGCUGCUCUCUCACAUGCUCUUUGGGAGCCGCCUGACCUUGCUUGGCUACACCGGCAUCGCUCUCACCCUCUCGGGGGUCUUCAUGUACCAUCACUGUGACCGCAUAGCCACCUGCUGGCGCUCGUUCUGCAGGCGAGCCAAGGAAGAAUAAACGGAGACUUGUCAGGCCUAAGAGGUGGCUGGAACUGUGAUUUAAAUGGGAGGCAAAAGCACUCUCCCAUAGGGCUUUGCACUCACAUUGCAUCCCCUUUAAAUAGGGCACGCGUAGUUGCCUUUGCACAGGUAGUGUCCCAGUUUAAAUGAGGCGUUGUGCCAGGGCAGAGUCCCCAGAUGAGUUCUUUUCCCUCAGCCAGCAUUACUAUUAAAUCCAGCCUGAGUACCAUGCAAGCACACAGGUCUGUCAUCUGCCAAGUACCAUGUAGCCAGCAACUCUUGCAGCCUGCAGGAGAGAAGACAGUGUUGAUUAGUGGCUAGAAGAGUUUUGGGAGGAUUUAGCCUCCCCAAAUAAUUAACCCCCAAGUUGCCCUGCACCAUUGCACUGGGCAAGAGGGCUCUGGGUAAAUGCCUCCUCUGUCUAUUGCAGUUUAAGGGCAGCAUGUUUGAAUGCUCUCCUGCAUUAAAAAAAAAUCCUCCCUGCCUAUGGAAAACUAGCUGGUCAGGGAGGAGAGUUAGAGCCUAUACUACUCGGCAUGCUAGUUUGCUGUAUGCAGAGAGCCUUUUUUCUUCACACAGCAUAUUGCCCCUGGGAAAAGAGUUGGGAACAAUAGAGAUACCCACCUUCUCCCUCUGUUGCUGUUCAGGGCUAAAUGUUUAGAAAAGACAUUUGUAUUAUAGAAAAGAAACUGGGGAAGGGGAGGGUUUUACUUAGAUGUUUUGGCCAAAAUGCUCUUCUCAGGGAAAGGCAGCAUCCAAAGGCACAAAAUUCAUCUGUGUGCAGCGGUGCCCUUUCUUGCUGCUCUCUAGAGGGGUCUUUGACAUAAGGUUAGCUACUACACUUAAGACUACAGCAACAGGGUUUUGUUGGUGGGGAAUUAAAUGUCAGGAGUCAGAGGUGCUGAUGUGUACCUUUGGAUCCCUGCAAGCCACAUGGCCCCUGUACCAGUCCUGGUUUCAUUCUCCACCAGCUCAUGCCGCAGCUUGAAGAAAUCAUGGUGUUGGCGAACAGGGGUUAUAGUGUUCUUUUCCUUGGGUGCUGCUUCCUGGCCAUCCCAUUUAAAGCACUGAACCAGCUGUGUGGAGAAACAGCUGUACAGGAGCAUGCCCAGGUAUAUGAAAGAUUGGACCUGCUCAGGGGGCUCUUUUUCUGCUCACUGCUGCCAAUAACUGCCAGGUGGGGAGUCUAGUGCAAUAUGUCUCUGUGUUUGACCUCUGCUGGGCAGAGGAAAUUAGAUGUCUUUGUGUGCACCCACAUGUGCAUGCAUACAAAUCCCUUGCAGUCCUUGGAUGGAUGGCAUAUGCCUCUAGCCACCUUGGGCGGGGUAUUGCUUCACUUCUUCACUCUGCUGGACAGAGCACAGCAGCCCUGUGGGCUGUGUGAUUGUGGGUGCUUUUAUGAUUUUGUGUGCAGUUUUUGAACGCACUUCCACUUUUUGUUUCCUCUCCAGAAUGGAAUGUGUUAAGAUACUUGUCUUUGUGUGCUUAUUGCGUGGAUGGAGACUUCGGGGCCCAAGUGAAAGCAUUAUGAGUGGAUAUGUCUCCAGAGACUGUUGACUGCCUCUUUCAAAGGGCACCCUUACAACCCACUAGUGUGGUGGAAUGUAGUCAAUAUUAUUGUCGAAAGGGUGAACGAAUAUCCGUGUGUGUGCGCAUAUGUAUAUGGCAGGGACACCACCCAUUCUGAAGUUGUAUGGGCUGAUCUGCACAUGCAGGGAAAUCAAACGACACAGAAUUCUUUGGCUUGUGCCAUUUCAUGCUGUCGAUGGUGGAGCACAUGUUUGAAUUCUGCUGACUUUUAAGAAAAAUCAUGGAAAGCUAGCAUGUCGGAAUGGCUUCUAGCCUUUUUCCUGACAUGCCAGAUUCUACAUGCAAGGAGGUACUCCACACAAACAUAGGAGAGAAUUCAAAUGCAUACCACCUUCCUCCCCACCUGCAGUUUGAAAGGUAAUACUGUGCCAGAGGGGUUUUUUUUCAGCAGGAACGCGGUGGAACGGAGUUCUGGUACCUCUUGAAAAUGAUCACAUUGCAGGUGGCCCCGCCCCCUGAUCUCUCUGUCUGGAGAUCGGGGUGGGGCCACUGGCCAUGUGACCAUUUUCGCCAAGGGCAAUUUAAACUUUAAAAAACUCCGCCCUUGUUCCAGCUGACCUAAAGUGACAUCAUUGUGCGGUCCUGAGUUCCACCACCUCUUUUCCCAGGAAAAAAACCCCUGCUGUGCCAUACAAUUUAUCUGCAAGUGUAGAAUACCAUUUUUAAGCUGUCUUCUCAUUUCCCCCUUUUGGCUCCAGGUCAUUUCACACCAUUCAUUACAUUUCCCCCAAACGUAUUUGGAGACUGUACCAAUAUUGGCUCAUUGUUAUUAUAUGGUCAAAUGCCUACCUGACAUGCUGUGUGGGCAUUUGUUCAUGUGUUUUAGUGUGUGGGGGGGUAUUUGCUCAUAUAGCUUUCAGACAGUGUUGGUGGGGUCAGGUGCAUUUCUUUUCUUGGCUUUAAGGAAAUACCUAAUGAAUGAACUGAUCCAGCCAUGCCACUCUCCUUUAAAAUUAAGAGCUGUUCACUGUUGUAUGGCCGGCCACUAACAUUCAACAGGGAUAGCUACAUUUAGGGACAAAUAUUGCCAGUAUUUUAACCCAUUGUUUUCUAUUAACAUGCAGGGUAGGGGGCGGAGGGCUGGGACAUUGUUAUGACGGAAGGGAAAAAUAAAACAGCACACUAUCUCAACAAUUAACAUGUGGCCUGAUCCACAAGGUAGUUCUCCUGUGCAAGCCUCAUUGAAAUAAGAACAGGGGAAGGGCACACCUGUCAGUCUCUCACUUUGUUGCCCAUAACCGGCCACAGCCUGUGGGAGCCACAGCAUCUCUGCUGGAUAAAGGGAUAGUGGUUGACCAAAACAGUAAGAGUGGCUUGUGGAAGAUCAGAAACCCAGCUAUGCUGAGGAAUUCAGCAUUGGUGGUUCUUUGGUAUCCAUUUUUUACUGUAGUGUUGAUUUUUGGAUGGUUCUAGAAUGGGCGUGACUAUGUCUCCUCUUCCCUAAAGCACUUGUAUGGGAAUUUAGCCCUCUGGUCAGGGUCAGUUGCUAGAUUUCUAGAGUAGCAGCAAGCAGGCCUUGGGGAACUGGAUACUUUAAUCCCAGCUUGCCCCAAAGGCAUGAUAGCCGCUAUUGAAGAAAUGGAGGAACUGAGGCAUCAAAAUCCCUGUCAGUGCAUAUGGUUUGGUGCAGUUUUCACACAUGCAAGGCUGGACUCUUCUGGGAAUGUAUCCUGUUUCUUAAAUCAUAAAUGCUACUCUUUUCUGCCCCCUUCUUUUGUAAAUAACAUGUAUUGUAUCUACCCCCGUCUUUUAAAAAUAAUAUGUAUCGUGCCAUUUGUGAUGGUGGUGAUACCCAACCCGCCGCUCCUGGCAUCACAAGUGCACAAAUGAGGCCAGGCCAGCAUCUCCGGUUGCGUUUGCCCUUCAAAUAAAGCUCUAUUUUUGUCUUA